GAUUGAAUUUGCCCAUUAGUUUUAGAGGUCUGAAACUAUUGUUCUGCAACUGUUCAAGUGCUUCACUUAUAUGUUUUUCUUCUUAUCUCCUAUUGUUUUAGGACUAGGAUUACUGCGACUAGGCAUAUAAAAACCAUGAACUUUAAUGGGAAACAUUGAAUUGAAUUCAUACCAUUGGAAUUUUAUCAAAUGGAGACUGCAAGAACCUUGCUUUCUUCUCCUCCGUCGCCAUUUCCUCUAAGAACUCACCUCAAGAAUUGUCUCUCUUCUUCAGUUGUAAUGCUUCAUGAACAAGCAGUUUCUGCUGUCACUUCAGCUCCAACCACUUCAAUAGCUAGAAAUUUUCCUACUUCGGUUCUUAUGCAAGAGCAGCGUGAUGAGUUAAGGCGAAUGUCUCAGGUAACAUUGGAUAGGAGGCAGAUGGAAUCCAGGACCUUAGUUCCUGAAGGGAAUAAUUCUGGUGAAGCAGAUCAACUAAUGUACAACUAUGAUCGACUCUUGCUUUCCUGGCCCAGCUUUUCAAAUUUACUGUCUCCUCAACAAACUGGACAAAGUCCAUCCUGGUCGUUGACUAUGCAGUCUGUCACAACCAAUAAAGACGAGUUCAUGGCUGUUGAAUCGACCGAUGUGAUUGACCUUGCUAAGAAAGCUUUAUCCGCCUCUAAAGAAGCAGCGUUACUAGCUCAGAAAUGCACUGUUCUUGAUGAUACAGUUUCUACUAGUUUUGGGUCCGUAGAUUCAUCUAAUCAUUCAACCGAGGAGGUAAAAACUGUUAGGUCAACGCGGCGUUUAAAAAGGCAGUCUAAGAAUCGGAGGGGGACAAAAACAAAUGAAAUUUUUCAUGAGCCUUAUAGUUCUAGAAAAGCUGGUGUACACAAAAAGAAUGAAGGAGUUGAUCCAAAGGAUCCCCUUCGAUUUUUUUUGUGGGGCCCAGAAACAAAACAACUGCUGACAGCUAAGGAAGAGACUGAAUUGAUUGCUCAAGUGCAGGACCUAAUGAGGUUGGAGGAGGUGAAAGACAAGCUUAAACUUCAAUUUGGCCGCGAACCGACCUUUGUUGAAUGGGCUGAUGCUGUUGGGCAUAGCUACUCGGUCAUGCAAUCACAAAUUCACUCUGGAAACAGAAGCCGAGAAAAGCUGAUUAAUGCAAAUUUGCGGAUGGUAGUUCACAUUGCUAAACAAUAUCGAGGCCGUGGUCUCAGCCUUCAGGAUUUACUGCAGAGGGGAAGCAUCGGCCUUAUGAAGAGCAUUGAGAAAUUCAAACCACAAGUUGGUUGCCGGUUUGCCACGUACUCAUACUGGUGGAUAAGACAGACUGUUAAGAAGGCCAUAUUUCAGCAUUCUAGGACGAUUCGUUUACCGGAAAAUGUUUACCAUAUCCUGGCAAAAGUUUUGGAGGCAAAAAGGUCGUAUAUCCAGGAAGGAAAUCGCAAGCCGACCAAAGAUGAAUUAGCAAAACGUACCGGAAUUACAGUUGAGAAGUUGGAGAGGUUACUAUGUUUAACUAGAAUGCCAUAUUCAAUGCAACAACCUGUGUGGGCAGACCAAGGAACUACUUAUCAGGAGGUAACUGCAGAUACUGAAGUUGAGAUCCCGGAGUUAUCGGUGGCGAAGCAAUUGAUGCGGAAACAUGUCCGCGGCCUCUUAAAGAUUUUGAACCCGAAAGAGAGGCAGAUAAUUAAGUUGAGAUUUGGCAUUGAGGACGGAAAACAGAAAUCGUUAUCUGAAAUCGGAAAUGUGAUUAGUUUGUCUAAGGAACGGGUGCGACAGUUAGAAAGCAGAGCAUUGUACAAGCUCAAGCAGUGUCUUGAUAGCCAUGGACUAGAAGCUUAUGCAGAUUUAAUUGUUUAGAUGUAGAGACAGAAUGCUGAUGCCAUUCAAAUUGUGAUAUAUUGUAUUUACUGUAAAAUAUAAUGCAUACUCUUCGUCAAGUGCAAGAGCCUCAAGUUGAUCACUUUUUUCUUGGACAAGUUCUUGAAUGCAAUCAGCCUACAUUUUAUUUCCCA